AUGAAGCUUGCUAAUGAAAUAUAUCAUCAUGAUUAUGGUGCCAAGUUCACAGUGGAGCAUUGCUGGAGGGAGCUAAAAUAUGAAGAGAAGUGGCUGGCAACUUUCGGGAUCACACUGGAGCAUUGCUGGAGGGAGCUAAAAUAUGAACAGAAGUGGCUGGCAACUUUCGGGACAGAUAACAGCAAGUCAAAAAGAAGGAAGGUUGAAGAUGGUUCUCAAGCUUCUGUCCAGUCAUCGAGCCAUGUAGAUGAAGAAGAGGCUCGUCCUGAAGGUGUGAAGAAGGCAAAGUCGAGGUUGAAAGCGCAACUGAGUGCCAAAGAGAUGGAAGCAACCAGCAGCAACACUGUGGAGAAGUUACAAGGUUUGUUGGAGAUAAGGAAGCAGGAUCAUGAAUUGAAGAAGCAGGACUUUGAAAUGAAGGACAAGCUUAAUAAGCAACAUAUGUUGGAGACUCUCCUUGCUAAAAAAGAGCCUCUUAGUGAGACUGAAGUGGCUUUGAAGAACAAACUAAUAAGUGAAAUGUUGUCUUAA